AACUUCGCCUCCUCACGUUCGCUUCUCGAGCUCUUUUUUAAGGCCUUUCCCCAUUUGCCCCCCGCCCACACUGUCAUUCUCCCCAACCCAUUUCCCCUUCACUGGCUCCCUCACCACCCCACUCCUUUCCUAUCUUUUUAUUUACUUCCCACCCCUUCACUUUCUUUCUCCGUCUCCAUAUUCUGCUAGCUCCGGUUUCUGGCUGCCUCCACUUGGGCUCGCCCUCCACAAUGGAAUUGUAGACAGCACACAAGGAAUUGCCUUCUUUUCUCGUUAAUUUGUCUCCGGUGCUGUUGCUGCUGUUGUUCAAUUAUGGACCGCCAGGCCGCGGAAUCCAGAAAGUGAAGACCAUCAGUCCAUCUUCCAGGCUUCCCCCAUCCCAUCUCUCCUUCGUUCAAUUUCGCUUCAGUUGCUUCGAAUUCUAGCAUUCUCGCGCGGUGAUUUGGCUCCCAUCCUUAGUCCUCAGGAGUUGAUCCAAAGGCCUCCCUGUUUCUCCUCUGUCUUAUGCAAUUAGGUGUUAGUGGUGGAGUUGGUUUUUCUUUUCUACUCUUAUUAUCAUUGAUGUUGGCUCGAGUCUCCUGGCCUGCUUUGAAUUGAAGCUGCUGCUCUCGAAUCAAGGUCGAGCGUACUCGAUUCGAACCGGAAGUAAAAGGUUGGUGGGUGGAAUGGCGACGGCGAUGAAGAAGUACGUGGAUGACGCGAUGGCCGAGCCGUUGGACGUGAUGUGCGGUGGUCUCUUCGAUCACAUCGACGACUUGCUGGACUUCCCCAACGAUGAUGACGUGCUCGGGAUGGUGGACCCCCACGGUGGGCCCGCCCCCGCUCCGUCUUUCGCCCCGCUGCUCCCUCCCUUUGAGGCCGAUGGCCUGCUGGGCGGCGGCGGAGGGCACUACAGCAAUGGCUCUGCUGGUGUCGCCGGUAGCGGCGACCGGGAGGUGGGAGAGCUCGGUCCGUGCGACAACCUAGACAUCACCCAACUGGAGUGGGUGUCCAAUUUCUUCGACGACAAUGAUUCCUUCACUCUCGACCUUCCCCAAUGCACGGCUGCCCCCACCGCUCCCACCUUGGGCGCCAACAACAGCAAGGAGGACUCACUCUUUCGCACCUCCAGCCCUGUUUCCGUCUUAGAGCGCAACAGCCUGAGCAGUGGCGGCAGCGGCGGAGGUGGCUCCUCCUCAUCCUCCUCCUUAUCGUUCUCCUCAUCUUCCUCCUCCUGCUCCGGCACCGGUGGAGGAAGCAGCGGCGCACGGGCGCUCGAAGCGCCUCCCAUCAGCCAUCCGGAGCCCGCCCUGGUGGUCCCCGCCCGUGCUCGCAGCAAGCGCCCCCGUCCCGCCGCCUUCUCCGCCCGCCCCCACGUCACCAUCCCCCUUUCCCCCCCUUCCUCCGGCUCCUCUUCCGAUCCCGAGAGCCUCGGCGAGUCCAAUCCCGUUCCUGCUCCGAUGAAGAAGAAGAAAAAGAAGAAGAGUUUCGCUGCUAUUGCAGCCGGAGGAGACGAGGCGGGUUCGCAACCGCCGCCGGUGAGGAAGUGCAUGCAUUGCGAGAUCCAGAAGACCCCGCAGUGGAGGGCGGGGCCGAUGGGGCCCAAGACCCUCUGCAAUGCCUGCGGGGUCCGCUACAAGUCGGGAAGGCUCUUCCCCGAAUACCGCCCGGCCGCCAGCCCUACCUUCGUCCCCUCCCUCCACUCCAAUUCUCACAAAAAGGUGGUCGAGUUGCGGAUCAAAUCCAGCCAGAGUACUGCUGCCGCUGGGAUGCUGUCGCCCGAGUCUGCCGCCAGGGACAGCUGCGAUCUCCUUGCUUACAUUCGGAUGAGGGGGUGAGAGAGAGAGAGAGGUGGGGGCGGGGGGCCGCGAAGGGGUGGGGAAGGAGGAUGAGCCACAUUAACUGUGGUUUGUGCGAAUUUCCUCUCUUUAUUUUAUUUUUUUGAAUUUCUUUCUUUUCCUUUUAGUUCCAGAGUCGGCUUGGUUCAUUAGUUUUUUCUUUUUAAAUAUAUAUUUUUUAUUUUUGUACAGAGGAGGGAGAUGAAGGAAGGGAGAGAUAAGAGGAGUGAUAGGCGACCCACCAUGAUUAGGUAGCUGAGACACGAAGCAGAGGGAAGAGAUGAUUUUAGAUUGAGCCAUAGUUUAGAAGGAAGUAGGGGAAAAUGAGUCCUAGAACGGGGUCUAGUUUGGUAAUGGAGCUUGGUGUAUUGAAUUCUUUUUGCAGUCGAUUGAUUACUAGGAACACUAUAAAUGGUUUGAUUAUACGUCCAUUU